GCUCCCCUGAAAGCACCGUGAGAUGUUCAGGUGUAAUCUCUGAAACUUCAUCCACUUUUUGUUUCAGGUUACAGACAUUUAUUUAAUUUUUUUAAUAACAAAGUUCACGAAAUCAAUGAUAGGUAAUGAAUAUGUCCGUGUGUGUUUUGGCUGAUUUGAAAUUAAUUUCGAUCUCCUCUAAAUAACACAAUGCUGUGUCAGUUCCUGCUUUGACCAUCCGUGCGUGGGGGCGCUGUGUCGACGCCCCCUCUUGAACGUCUCUUUAGCUCAGUUAGCUCCGCCGCUAAUUGUUUGAAUGCUAACUAGUUGAAAUAGAAAACAAACAGAGGUUUAUUUAGUGAUGUUCAACCAAAAGAGCCGAGGACGGAUUCAGUUUCACGGGACAAAGUGGAGAGAACAGUAAGUGCAGCUACUGCUAGCGUCCUGCUAGCUUCCUGCUAGCUUCCUGCUAGCGUCCUGCUAGCGUCCUGCUAGCUUCCUGCUAGCUUACUGCUAGCGUCCUGCUAGCUUCCUGCUAGCUUACUGCUAGCGUCCUGCUAGCGUCCUGCUAGCUUCCUGCUAGCUUACUGCUAGCGUCCUGCUAGCUUCCUGCUAGCUUACUGCUAGCGUCCUUCUAGCGUCCUGCUAGCUUCCUGCUAGCUUACUGCUAGCGUCCUGCUAGCUUCCUGCUAGCUUCCCUCCGCCGCUAGUGGCUGCUGCUGCUCGCGGUGUCGCUCCGAGGCUUCGCCGGCAGACAGCACCGUGAACCCGGCCACGCGUCGCUACCUUCCACCUGGACCACGAAGAAACUGAGUGGUUAGACGAAUCCCCCGGACCCCGUCAGAACCUCCGGAUCAGCACACUCACACUCUGAGAUGACCCAGGAACAGUGCACUCAUAGGAACAAUGUCCAGAGUUCAGAGAAACCACAAGUGUACAAAGUGGGAAUCUACGGCUGGAGGAAACGCUGCCUUUACUUCUUCGUCCUGCUGCUGAUGAUCCUGAUCCUGAUCAACUUGGCUCUGACUAUCUGGAUCCUCAAGGUCAUGAACUUCACCAUCGACGGAAUGGGAAACCUGAGAAUCACCGAGAAGGGCCUGAAGCUGGAGGGCGACUCCGAGUUCCUCCAGCCGCUGUACGCCAAAGAAAUCCAGUCCAAACCAGGCCGCCCGCUGCUGCUGCAGUCGUCCAGAAACGUGUCGGUCAACAUCCUGGGCAGCAACAACCAGCUGCUCACGCAGCUCGUCACCGGAUCCAAUGGAUUUAAAGCGCAGGGAAAGAUGUUUGAAGUCAAAUCGCCCUCUGGGAAGCUGCUGUUCUCCGCCGACGAGCAGGAGGUGGUGGUGGGCGCCGAGCGGCUCCGAGUGAUGGGGGCCGAAGGCGCCGUGUUCAGCAAAUCCGUGGAGACGUCGCACGUCCGAGCAGAACCGUCCAAAGAGCUGCGGCUGGAGUCUCCGACGCGCUCGCUGCUGAUGGAGGCUCCUAAAGGAAUCCAGAUCCUGGCGGAGGCCGGAGACAUCCAGGCCAUCUGCAGGAACGAGCUGCGGCUGGAGUCCAAAGACGGAGAGAUCUCUCUGGACGCCCGGAGGAUCCGCCUGAUGCGGCUGCCGGAGGGGAAGGCCUCCACCAGCUCCUCGUCCUCCGGCACCAGGCAGACCGUCUACGAGGUCUGCGUCUGCCCCAACGGGAGGCUCUUCCUGUCCCAGGCCGGCACCGGGUCCACCUGCCAGAUCAGCGCCAGCGUCUGCCUCUAGGACUGAAGCGACCCGAUCAGAAGGUAUCCUGAGGACAGACGGGCCGGACACACACGUCGUCUGCCGCUCGGACUGAAUCACACAGACACAGACAGACGGACUGAGAGCUGAUGGACAAACACUCACAGAUAAACUCACUCACUCACACGGACCGAUUCCUUUUAAAGAAGCAGAACCAGAACCGGUCGACAGCCGACGUUUCAGAGCUGAACAUGUUUUAUAUCGGAGGAGCGGAGCAUCAUGGGACAUUAGAACUGUCACACACUCGUCUCAGAUCCUGGUUCUCACAGUGAACUGGAACAUUUCCACUUUUCAACAGACUCACGUGAAUAAAAAGGGAAAAGAAACAAAGUGGCAUCAACUUUUUAAUACGACACACACACACACACACACACACACACACCCUCCUUCAUCACUCACUGUACCACAGACGAGAUCAUUCAAGGAUUUUUUACUUUUCCUGUUUGAUGCUGAUGUCGGACAAUCUCUGUUUUUAUUUAUUAUUGGGUGAAACACUGACGAUGCCCUGGUCACAUCAUAUCACACCGUGUGUCACAUCGUUUGAUUUCAGAUUCUGUCUCAAAUUAAACUCUGACACGUAGGAAGUGAAGUGAAGCUCCUGAGGGAAGUGAUAUGCUUCGGUCACUUGACUUGAACAUUUAGCGCUUUAAUUUUAUUGUGUUGUGGAAUUUAUGAAAGUAAAAGACUUGAGACACAGAAUCAGUGAUUUGAUAAACACAACAAUUGACUUGAAAUCAGUUCAUCCAUUUCUUACGGUAUUAAUUGACAUGACUCCUCCCCCUCUAUCCCAUGAUGCCAUGAGAAGCCAUUUAACUUCAUCGAAUAGAUAAAGAAUAAACGUAACGUUCGGUUCUCGUGAUAUGACUCAAAGCACUGAUUUGAUUUGAUGUCACGACUUUUCCUGCGUGAAUUCAUUUUCCUUCUGACGGAUCAGCGUGUCCAUGACAGACCUCAAGGAUCCAGUCUCCCCCAGAAAGAAAACUGGAGUGACGUCAUCGACCCCCUCCCCACUUGUUUCUUGCACUGGGACAUUUUUCAAACAGAAACGAACCGCGAGCCGCUCGGUGAAGAGGGGAACUGUGCCUGUGCCUUACGAUGAAGCACAUCACAGACUUUUCUUUGGCGUCAGCGAGUUAACGCGACCUCCGGUUUCAGUUCAGUCUCAUCGUCCGUCUGAGCGAAUGCAAAGAACCUUCGUCCUCGUCGACUCAUCGUCCUCUUCUUCAUUAACUCUGACGCCACUCCUUCUUUUCACACAUGUCCUGUGGGACAUGUUUGUGUUGCUGUGUGAGCCUGUGGAGGUUUACAGGCGCCGACGUGUCAGAGUCACUGGGUCAAAAACUUCUGACGUUUCACACUCAAACAUGACGAAGGCUGAGGUUCAGUUCAUAAUUCAUAUUCUUCUUUAUGAUUCGUCAUGAAAAAGUUGCAACAAGAACGAACCCUGACGUGAUUUCAAGUUAAUGAGGUGAGAGUUCAUGGUUACCACUGGAGGGCGCCGUUCAAAUGGUGAACACCAGCGUCUGAAGGCAGCAUCAGUUUCCGUGGUACUUGCGACUGCUAGCGUCAAACUGUCAACUCGCUUCACGUCCAGUGUCUUUUAAUCUCCAGGCUGAAAUAAAUGUUCACUGAUGUUUCAGAGUAAUAAAAAAAAAUCACUUAUCAAACAGCAUGUUAGCUCGCAGGGGGUUGAAUGCUAACGUUAGCUGUCGUCUGAGAGUUGCUAAUAAGUUUCAGAUAUGUUGUAAACCGUCGUGAGAAUUUGGUGAAUUAGCUUGAGAAUGUGUCAAAAUGAAAAGUCCAGACACUUUUAGUCUUCGACAGACGGAAACAGCUCCGACGUUUUUGACCAAGUGACUCGUGAUGUGAACCAUUAACACACGUUAUUUAAAUCUUCUGCUGUUCAUGUCACUUCCUGUUUUCCAGAGUCCGGCGCUCUGACCUACUUCCUGUCUCUCAGCUUCUCUGUAUAUUAAAGGACUUUCAGAAAUAUCUCACAACAGAUUGAAACUGAUCUGAUGCUUUUUGUUUUUGAAUACGUGUACACAGGAGAAAUAAAUCUUUUGAUACGCUUGUAUAUGUAAAUAUUGUUCACGUGACGGCGUCAGAAUGGAAACUCGGCUCUUUUGCUGAAAGGAAAAUCUUUUUUUAUGAUCAGUUUGUGUUUUCGUACAAAAAGGAAGAAGACUGAGUCUGAGAAGCGAUGUCACAGUUUGUUUUCACGCCUGCGACGCUUCCCACCAACACAAACCUGCUCACUUCCUGUUCCGUCGUCGUCAUGGUGAUGUUGUUGUUUGGGCCGAGGUCUUUGCAUUCGCUCCUCGUCGUCGCGUUGUGAAAAAUACUACGAGUGAGCUUCUUCUUUUUGUUCUUCAGCUCCGCGGAGCAAAGUGUGGAGUGAUUCUCACAGAUGUAAGAAGAAGAAAAAAGCCACGGAGGAAACGAUGCACAGCGUCUAAAAAUGUUUCAUUUAGAAAAAUAUAGAUACAAAAAUCCAUAAACCUCAUCGCAGACAGUUUGUCAAUUGGAGUAAAAUAUUUCCAGAAAGUAACAGAUUACUUUGACAGGAACAUUUCAUUGGUUCAAUGCGUCUGUGCUUAUUUUAAAGAGAAUAAUCUGCAGAUUCAUAUUUCUAUGAAGACGUCUGGCGACGACUCAGUGGAUCAAUCACAUCGAUCGUGUUCGAUUCUUCUGUUCUUCUUUUAUGUUUUGUGUUUUUUUCCAUCCGUCCUGAAAACUCGUCACUUUUCUUCCUCCUUCAGUCUGAAGCUGCCGAGUCGUUUUCAAAGAUGCCAAAAUAAAAAGGUUCAACGUUGUUGAAAUGGACUGAAGUAAGUUAUUGGAUCGUCGCUGACGAGAAGAAGAAACAGGAUUCUUUUUAUUUUUUUUUCAGCAGGGUUCUUGAAACCUCUUGUCUUUGUUCCACACAGACACGAAUGACGUCCUCAUGAACUACAUUUAACCAAUUGAUUAUUUCUACAUGAGAGUAACGAUCAUGAUCAACACACCGACGCAUCACAUUUAUCACCGAUAAUUUACAUCAUACUUCUAUACUGUAAAGUGGACGUGUUUAUUCGUUAUAUUAUAAUAUAUCAAUAUAUUGGUUGGUUACACAGAUCAACAGGUGGUCAGUGCAUGAGUGCUUAUCUCUCAGAAUGAUGUCGUCAUCAAACAGACAGAAUGUCGUAGAGACGCUCCGUCUCAGGACAUUUAGGACAAAGGGACAAACUUUCAUCCACACUCAGAGUCUGACAGAUCUUCAACUGACACUUUCUCUCUGCAGUGACGUUUUCAGACAGUGGGAGAAAAAAUAAUAUGACUUGAAUUACCUGAAAGAAACAGAAAGAGAAUUCAUCUGCGUCACUCCACUAAAUUCUUUCUAACAGACAUUUGUGUAGAAAGUCGCAGCGUCCCGCGGAAAAGGGCCGACGCCCGAGGACACGGACUCAUGAACUAGUUCGUACGCUUCAGUUAUUAUUAUAUUAUUAUAUUAUAUUAUUAUAUAACAGCUCGUCUCCACAAAGUUCUGUUGUCUGAGUGGUACAGACGACGCCCCCUAGUGUUCGACAGCAGAGAAAUGUAUUUCUUUAUGAGAGGAUUUCAUGAAAACAUUCUGAUCGUGCUCAGCAGCUGCGUUCUUAAAACCAGAGACCAAGAUUAGCUAAUUGGGUUUCAUGCUAACUUCCUGCUUCAGGACUGAUGAAACAAAUCUGAAAUGAAAAGUAUGAAAACGUGAUCAUCUUUUAAUCUUCAUCAUCCGUUUGUUGGUGAACUUUUCAAAUGACAUUUUCUCUUAAAGAGAAAGACGCCGACGAGCAAAUAAACAGCAGCGAUGUCUGUUUUCUUUCAGGUGUCAGACGAUAUUAAAGAUCUGUAAUUAUGCCUGUGGUGAUUCAUCAGGCUGCUCCGACCUGCAGGCGACCGUUCCGUUCUCACUCGGACAUUUGAUCUGGAACAGGAAACGUUCCAGAGAUUAUCAUUUGCGUUCUAACAUUCAGGAAACUGUCCCGAGGUCGGUGAAGGUCUGGAAGCAGCUGUAACGCGUCGGAUUGUUCAAUUUCCAGAUAUUUUCCAUAAAAGAUGAAGAGAACACUUCUGUUUCAUAAGAACAACUGUCAAUCUGCCGACUUGACCCUCGGUCAUCAUGACGCACCGAGACGCUUCAAGGUCGAGCGUCUUUUUCCCCACAGAGUGAGAUCUCACUUGAUUUUGUGCUUCUUCACACAAAGAUCCUCUUUUCUCUCGGAUUAUUGGAAUAAAACAGAAAGUCGGAGACGAGCGGCGACUCUUUUUCUUGUUUUCUGAUUUAACAACAUUUAGUUUUGUCUCGGACGAGAUUCACAGAAACUUAUUUUUCAGGGUUGAUUCUUCACUAGACGUCGGUGAGAUGAUGAUUUGUUGAGGUUUUCCUGAGUCACUGAGAUCUGGGACGAGUUUUAUCGAUAUUUUGAGCGUGAGAGUAAAAAAAUCCUUUGUAGAAAUAUAUCAUGUGUGUAGUGAAGUGUGUUGUUGUGUGUCUGUGGUUUUCUCACCUGCCAGGUGGGCGGGGUUUAUCUGCCAGGUGGGCGGGGUUUACUUGCACAAGACUGAGCAUGUAACGUUUUAUUUUUCUAGCUUAUCACAAAAAGCAGACAGAUUCUGAUGUUUUCCCACAUGUACGAACGUCCUGUCAAUCACAUUUUUAUAAUUUUUUUCAAAACGAAACCGUUUGUUUGUUCGAGUUGUGUGAAUUUGAGAUUUGUGAGAUUAAUAUUUCUUUUCUUCAUCGUGUGAAUCGUCCUCACACGUUUCUAUGCAAAAUCACUUCAGACGCAUUGAGACGAUGCUCAUGUCCGUGAGUUCAUUCUACUUUGUGAAAAAACAGUUUGUAUUUAUGAAAUGAGUUGAAAAUUAAAACUAUCAAUGAA